AUGGGUUUCUUAGAUAAGGUCAAGCAGUUUACCACCGACCGUGAUAUCGAUUCUAAUAACACUGAUCUGGUCGAUCAAGUUGAAAACUUUAUUGGUCAAGAUAAAAUCAAUUCUUUUAAGCAAAGAGUUGGUGAAGAUAAUUUUAACAAGCUGGAAUCUUCUGUGAGACAACAAUUAUCCAACACUCAUAUCAAUGACACCAACAAUAACAACAACAAUGGUUCCUAUAACAACAAUUCUUAUGAUAGCAGCUCUUAUGAGAAUAACAAUUCGUACAACAACAAUAGCUCUUAUUAUUCAUCUAACGAUGAUUCUUCCAAAAAGAACCAAGACAAGUACAGUAACAAUUCCUACGAUAAUAAUAACUCCUAUGGAGACAAUGGCAACUCUUAUGAUAACAAUAAUAAUUCUUACAAUAACAAGGAUUCUUACGGUAGCAAUUCCUACAGUGACAACAACAACUAUGGUAGUGAUGAUUCUUAUGUGAAUAACGAUAAUUAUUAUGAUAAUAACAAUAAUUCUGAUAGUUACAAUAACUCCUAUGGAAACAACGACUAUAAUGGAAACAAUAACAACAACAAUAACUACUAUGAUAAUGAUGCUUCCUAUAACUCUUCUAAGAAGAACAAGGAUAAGUAUAACAACAAUUCGUAUGAAAAUAGCGACCUUUACAAUAAUGACUCCUAUAAUAACAACAGCAGUUAUGAUAAUAAUGAUUCCUAUGGAACCAACAACAGUUAUGACAACAACGAUUCCUAUAGCUCUUCUAAGAAGAACAAGGAUAAAUAUACUAGUGAUUCCUAUGGAGGUAAUGACUCUUUCAAUGACAACUCUUAUGGCUCUUCUAAGAAGAACAAGGACAAAUAUACUAGUGAUUCAUACGAAAAUAAUAACUCUUAUAGUAACAACAACGACUAUGAUGAUAAUAACUCCUAUGAAAACAACAACAGUUAUGACAAUAACGACUACUAUGACUCUUCCAAGAAGAACGAGGACAAGUAUAAUUAUGAUUCAUAUGGAACCAACGAUUCUUAUGGUUCUUCUAAGAAGAGCAAGGAUAAGUAUAACGACGACUCCUAUGGAAACAAUGACUCUUACAAUAAUGAUUCUUACAACAACAACAACAAUUCCUAUGGCUCCACUAAGAAGAACACAAACAAGUACAAUAGUGAUUCAUACGAAAAUGACUAUUCCUGUGGUAACAACAACAAUUAUGACAAUAAUGAUUCUUAUGACUCUUCUAAAAAGAACAAAGACAAAUAUAAUAGUGAUUCCUACGGAAAUAAUAACUCUUAUAAUAACAACUCCUACAGUAACAACAACAAUUAUGACAACAACGAUUCCUAUGGCUUUUCUAAGAAGAACAGGGAUGAAUAUAACGAUGAUUCUUAUGGAAAUAAUGACUCUUAUAAGAACUCCUGCAAUAAUAACAACAACUAUAGUAAUAAUGACUCCUACGGAAACAACAACAGUUAUGACAAAAACGACUCCUAUGGCUCUUUUAAGAAGAACAAAGACAAAUAUAAUAGUGAUUCCUACGGAAAUGAUGACUCUUAUAAUAACAACUCCUCUAGUAACAACGACAACUAUAACACCAAUGAUUCCUACGGAAAUGAUAACAAUUAUGACAACAACGAUUCCUAUAGUUCUUCUAAGAAGAACAAGGACAAGUAUAACAACAAUAUUUAUGGGAACAACAAUUCCUACAGUAACAAUAACUCUUACAGACAAAGUAAUUCACAUUACAAUGACAAUUCUUACAGUAAUAACAAUUCUUAUGGAAACGAUUCCUAUAACAACAACUACGAUGAUGACAACGAUUAUUAG